GAGCAACUGUCUUCGUCGCUGUCACUAUCGGCCUGAAAGAAAAUUUGGCUCCAUGGUUUGUAAUUUUCAUUUCGAGAAAUUGUAGGAUUGCACGAUCUCGCGAAACUUAUUAUAAACGCAAAUUUAUUGAAGUUUUGAGUGAUUUCGGGCCAAUCCUGCAAACAACAUGGGUCACGGAUUUGGUGAGCUUGCGAAAGUACGCGGAAUUGUCACGCACAAGAUCUCCCCCUUCGAGCAACGCGCCUUUGCGAAUGUAAUCAGCAAGGGUGUACCGAAUACGCUCCGACGUAUUCGCUCGCAAAUUUUCAUCGUGGCUCCGCCAUUCGUCAUGGGAUACAUGAUUUACAACUACAUUGAAAAUUUGCACACCCAGUUGAAUCGUAAGAAUCCUGCCGAAUUUGAGAACGAUUCCUAAGCUUAAUACUGAGUUAAUGCUUUGGCACAAUCAAAAGCGUGUCACAUUAAUGCAUGAUAGGAACCUAAUAAACAUAUUCAAAAUGUGAUGGAAUCGUAAAAAAUUUGCUGUAAAGAAAUGGUAAUUGUUAUUUUAAUCAGAUCGGCUCUUUUCGAUGAAAGUUGGCGCAUACUUUCCACUCUCGGUAAAACUGUUAAUUUAUUAUAAAAAUGCGCCUAAAAUCUUUGCUGUAAGUGAAACACAAGCAAUUCUUUCGGGGUUCCCACUUGUUAAUUAUAUUACAUGUAUUUAUUCACAACAUAUUUACUGUAACUAUUGCAGCAAGAUGAUAGAUGUUCUUGAACGGGAAUCUUUUCUCAGAUUAUAGUAUAAAAUCGUGGAUAAAACCCCACAGUUUCAUUCCAAUACAUCGAAUCGCUAGACGGUGUCGUUAUGGUAACUGCCGUGCGUGCAGUUGUUUACUUCGAUAUUGAUUUCAUCUGUUGUUAUUAUGUAGAUUAGAUUUCUUUUGAACAAAUUGCUCACACUUAAUUCCACAUUUAUAAUUCAUUCGUCUCUGUUAUAAUUGUGAUAUUUAUUUGAAAAGAAUUACUUUUUUAAUUUAAAAUCGAAAUCA